GAGCCGGUCCGCAGAGGGAAGGUGGCAAGAUGGUGUUGGAGAGCACUAUGGUUUGAAAGAAUUCUAGGUGAUUCUGUGUUCCAAGAAGGCUGAAAGCCACGCUGUCGAAGGUCCUCCAUUUAUAGAGGCUGUUUCAGGGGAAUCCUCCGGUAUUCCUUUCUCUCUUUUCUCCUAAUCUGACAGUGUGGACAACAGUGAGUACAUGCGGAAUGGAGACUUCCUUCCCACCAGGCUGCAGGCCCAGCAGGAUGCUGUCAACAUUGUAUGUCACUCAAAGACCCGAAGCAACCCUGAGAAUAACGUGGGCCUGAUCACACUGGCCAAUGACUGUGAGGUGCUGACCACACUCACCCCUGAUACUGGCCGCAUCCUCUCCAAGCUCCACACUGUCCAACCCAAAGGCAAGAUCACCUUCUGCACUGGCAUCCGCGUGGCCCAUUUGGCUCUGAAGCACCGGCAGGGCAAGAACCACAAGAUGCGCAUCAUAGCCUUUGUGGGCAGCCCUGUGGAGGACAACGAGAAGGACCUGGUAAAAUUAGCUAAACGCCUUAAGAAAGAAAAAGUGAAUGUUGACAUCAUCAAUUUUGGGGAAGAGGAGGUGAACACAGAGAAGCUGACAGCCUUCGUGAACACACUGAACGGCAAGGACGGAACCGGAUCACAUCUAGUGACGGUGCCUCCUGGGCCCAGCCUGGCUGAUGCUCUCAUCAGUUCCCCUAUUCUGGCUGGUGAGGGCGGUGCGAUGCUGGGUCUUGGUGCCAGUGACUUUGAAUUUGGAGUAGAUCCCAGUGCUGAUCCUGAAUUGGCCCUGGCCCUUCGUGUCUCUAUGGAAGAGCAGCGGCAGCGGCAGGAGGAGGAGGCACGGCGGGCUGCUGCAGCCUCUGCGGCUGAGGCUGGAAUUGCUACACCUGGGACUGAAGGUGAAAGAGACUCAGAUGAUGCCCUACUGAAGAUGACCAUCAGCCAGCAGGAGUUUGGCCGUGCUGGGCUUCCUGAUCUAAGCAGCAUGACUGAAGAAGAGCAGAUUGCCUAUGCCAUGCAGAUGUCUCUGCAGGGAGCAGAGUUUGGCCAAGCAGAAUCAGCUGACAUCGAUGCGGGAUCAGCCAUGGACACAUCUGAGCCAGUUAAGGAGGAGGAUGACUAUGACGUGAUGCAGGACCCAGAGUUCCUUCAGAGUGUCCUAGAGAACCUUCCAGGCGUGGAUCCCAACAAUGAAGCUAUUCGAAAUGCAAUGGGCUCUCUGGCCUCCCAGGCCACCAAGGAUGGCAAGAAGGACAAGAAAGAGGAAGAGAAGAAGUGAGGCCUGAGGAAGGGGCAGCCGAGUCUGCCCAGGAGACUGUAAAAUGGGGUUGGUAGGGGCUUAGGUGUGCCUUGCAGCCUUUACAACGGAAUAAAGCGUGACAAGUUUUUCCCUUUGC